AUGGCCACUCAGAGAUAUACUUCAGCUGAAAAGGUCGACGCUGCGCCCCUUGGCCAGCCCCUGGCAUUCGAGUUCAGCGGCAAAACGGCCAAGAACCGCUUUCUCAAGUCUUCCAUGUCUGAGCAGCUGUCAAGUUACGAUGAGAAGGAUCUAACAAAGAGAGGCAUCCCCUCAAAAGAGCUCGUUAACUUGUAUAGACGAUGGGGCGAGGGCGGAUACGGAGUCAUUCUUCUCGGCAACACCAUGCUCGAGUACGAUCAACUGGAGAUUGACGGAGCCCACAUCAUUCCUUCAGAUGCUCCAUUUUCUGGAGAACGAUUUGAAAAGUUCAAGGAAAUUGCUGAGGUGUCUAAGAAGCACGGCAGUCUCGUGUACCCGCAGCUGAGCCACCCGGGUCGACAGGUUCAGGAAGCCAUUCAGCCGAAUCCCAUUUCUGCUAGCGAUGUGCAGCUGGUGAUUCCCGCGAUGGGAACAUUUGCCAAGCCGAGACCGAUGGAGAAGGCUGAUUUUGAGAGGGUCAUUAACGGAUUUGCUCAUGCUGCCGAGUAUAGCUACAAGGCCGGAUUCGAUGGCGUUCAGCUCCAUGGUGCCCACGGUUAUCUCUUGGCCCAGUUCCUCGCACCGUCAACUAACAAGAGAACCGACGAAUACGGCGGCUCGCUGCUCAACCGCGCAAGACUCAUCUUUCAGAUCUCCGAUGCCAUUCGCGCUCGCGUCCCUGACAAGUCCUUCAGUCUCGGCAUCAAGCUGAACAGUGUAGAGUUCCAGGAGGGCGGCUUUACCCCCGAGGAAUGCAAGGACCUCUGUGUCGAACUUGAGAAGAACAACUUUGACUGGGUUGAGCUUUCCGGCGGCACAUACGAGGAGCUGGCAUUUCGGCAUAGACGAGAGUCAACCAUCAAGAGAGAGGCUUACUUCCUCGAAUUCGCUGAGCUGAUCAUCCCGCACCUGAAGAAGACCAAGGUGUAUGUCACUGGUGGUCUGCGCUCAACGGCUGGCAUGGUCAAGGGCCUUAAGUCUGUGGAUGGAAUCGGAUUGGCGCGACCUACUGCUUAUGAACCUGCGCUGCCGCAGAGAAUCCUUGAUGGUGUUGUAGAGGGUGCCAUUAAGCCAUUUUUCGACGAGAACGACACUGGCAUGGGUUUGCUCGCUGCUAAAACUGACAUGAAACUCGUUGGCCUUGAUCAUGAACCCCUUGAUUUAAGCCGAGAGGAUCACCAAAAGGUCUUUUCGUCUGCGCUGAGCAAGUGGUCUGGCCGAAUUGGUCCUCUAGAUAUCGAGGACUUUGACUUUAAGCCUUAUGGCACUGCCUACUAG